UGUCACAGAGAGAACGGUUCACUUAAAUGCAGCUGCAGUACUUCUGUGUGAUACCUGUCAGAGCCAUUCCCAGUGCGAGGUUGGGUUUGUGACCAUGAUGUCAAGAUUUGUCUGUCUUCUUUUCUGUGGAUAUAUUGCACUAAACCUGGGAAGUACUCAGAAAUUGCCAAGAGUGAAAAGGCAGAGUCUGAAGGUUCAGAUCAACGCGACAGAUGACACUGUGUGCAUGAGGUAUCUUCGACCAAGUCAAAGCACCAAACUAGAAGGUUUUGUCCUGGGUUAUGGAAGCAACUUCUUUUCUAAUCAGUACAUUCCUUUACCUUCAGAAGGAAAAAACUACAUAACAGAACUUGAUGCAGAGCCGCGGUAUUUGGUUUCAGUAAGACCAUCACGUGUUUCAAAUAACAAGAAAUCUUGUUCAGGUCGGAACAAGACCCAGAAGCCUCUGCAGCUGGUGGUUGGCACUCUCACCCCAACCUCUGUGUUUCUCUCUUGGGGCAUCCUAGUCAACCCCCAACAUGACUGGACAGCAACAAGUAACUGUGCCAGUGACAGGUUCUAUACAGUUCGCUACAGAGAAAAAGGUAAAGACAAGAAAUGGGUUUUUCAGCUCUGCCCAGCUACAGAGACAGUGAUUGACAAUCUGAAGCCAAACACACCUUAUGAAUUUGGAGUUAAAGACAAUGCAGAGGAUAGUAUUUGGAGCAAGACUUUGAAUCAUAAGACAGUUCUCUCUAGUAAAAAAGUAAAUGGACAACUCCAGAAUAUGUAUAAGUUGGUACCCAAUUCCCAAACACAGAUUAUACUGAGUGAUAAUAAGAAAUUGGUCCCUGUCACAAUAAUCAAACAAAUUAUUCAAAAUCGGACACAGUCAAAAGCACCAGAUAGUUCUUCUCUCCCAGGAGCAAUAUUAGUGCACCUUAUUGUUCCCGGCCUCAAUGAAAGUCAGCAGAAACUUCCUCCUCUCCUGACAAUAGAUGACAUACCUCAAGCAUCCAGGAAAAAACUGGCUAAGAAUGAAACUGGACUAUGGCCUGCUGAAUCCAAAACACCAGAAGUUCAAGAAAUCUCCCCACAGUCCCUUCCAGCUCAGGCUGAGAAAACACACGGACCUGAAGAUUUUAGACCGACACCUAAACCCAAAUUGGUUCCAACUCAAAACAUACUGGCUUCUAACGAAAUACAGCUACUUCCUUCUGGAUCCAGAAUCCCUGAUGCUCCAAAAAGUCCAUUGACAGAACAUGCUACGCAGAGUCCAGCCUUGAAAUCCAUAUCUCCACCUUCUGCAGAAAAAAGAGAGAUGGAAAUGGCUUUUGAGGAAAAACAGACUGUUUCUUCAGGAUCCAAACCGUCCAGUACCAUGGAAAUGCAACCAACCCGACCCGUUUCACAUGACUUUCUUCAUGUUAUUUCUACUCCCCAGACUUUUACAUCUUCAGAAAUACCAAGCACUGAUUUAGGUGAAAGGAAGCCUCUUUCUUCAAGUGUCAAAACAUCUGGCAUGCCAGAAAUGCCACCAAUCUCAGCUGCAACCAAGAGACCAGAUCUGGAAUGGACCACGUCUGCUUCACGGGAAACCACAAGGAAGGCCGCUCGAAGACCGAGGCCGAAGUCCACCACCCCUUCCUCCCUGGCAACUCCAGGAACUGUGAUGGCUGGAAAAAUGUCAGAGCGAGAGACUGCUACCCAGGGAUCAGGCCUGAAAAUCACUUCUCAUCCCUCCAUGGAAACCAGAGGGAGCGUGAUGGCUUUUGAUGAAAAUCAGCACAUUUCUUCAAGACCUGAAACAUCAGGCAUCCAAGAAAUACCAUCAGCUAUACCUGUUCUUCCGAGACCAGUUCUGGAGCCCACAUCUUUCCCUUUCCUGCAAACCACGAAGACAGUGAUGGUUACUCAGAGACCAAAGCCGAAAUCUUCUUCUCCUUACCUUGCAAGCCAAGGAACAGUGGAGGCAACCAAGAGACCAGAUCUGGAAUGGACCACGUCUGCUUCACGGGAAACCACAAGGAAGGCCGCUCGAAGACCGAGGCCGAAGUCCACCACCCCUUCCUCCCUGGCAACUCCAGGAACUGUGAUGGCUUCACUGGACUCUAAUCACAUUAGUUUCCUGUCCCAAACUUCUGCAUCUGCAGAAAUAUCAAAAACAGAGACUGUUACAAGUUCAGCUGACCUGGAAAAACCUAUGCCUCCAUUUUCCAGAACACCUCACGUGCUAACAACAACUGCGGUUUUCAGUGGUAUUCAGCCUGUUCUUUCAAGUCCUGUGGCACCUAGUAAGCCUGAAAUAGCAGAAGCUGGACCAGCAGCAACAAGUGAAUCCAUUCUGGAAUCUUUCACACCUAAAACUUCCCAUCCUUUUCAAUGGCCAAGGGUAACAUUAGCUCCAAAAGAAAUACCACUUAUUCCUUCUAAACCGAAACCAUCUGCUACCCCAGAAGUACAACAUAUGAAACCUGCCCCUAAACCACCAGUUUGGGAGCCUAAAACUUCUGAGACUGUUGAACAACCAAAAUCAACCCUAGCUCCUAAAGAAGCAAAACUCACUACUUCUGCAUCUAAACCUAGACCAUCUGCCAGACCCCAAAAGCCACGAACUAAACCUGCAGCAACCAUUCCAGUGUCAGUCACUUCUAGGAGUCCCUACACAUAUGAACGUCCAAAGACUGCAGAGGUCUUGGAACCUAUUACACUUAGAACUGAACCACCGAGGUCUCCCAUAGCUCCAAAGGUGACUCAACGUGUUCCUUCCAAACCUAAACCUUCACCCCAACCUCACGUUCCACAAGCCAAAGAUGUCCUGGAAUCUAUAACACUUAGAACUGAUCAACUAAAACCAACAAUAGUUCCUAGAGUACCACAGUAUGUUCCUUCCAAACCUAGAACAUCACCAAGCCCAGAGGUGCCACGAACAAGACCUGCUUCUAAAGAUAUAUAUCACAGGCCUUCCAAACCUAAAACAUCACCCAGUCCACGUGUUCCUCCAACUAGAGCAAGUCCCAAAGAAAGUCGACGAGUCCCUUCCAAGCCCAGGGCAUCACCAAGUCCGGAUGUACCACACACAAAGCCUGCUGUUAAAGAACCACAACGUAUUCCUUUUAAACCUAGAACAACUCCCAUCCCGGAUGCUCCAUACAGGAGGCCUGAGAUUCUUCCAACCUUUGAUGAACGAGAUGCUACUACGAUUUCUCAUAUUCCUGAAAGAACAAAGGCAAUAUUUGCUCCAACUGAAAAAGAGUUCAUUCAUACCAAACGAAAAACAACUGAAAGACCAAGAGUGCCAUACACCAAACCUGCAAUACAUCCGACAACUCCACAACCAAUUAUUACAAAAUCUUCUACUACCACUGGUCAUUCAAGGGCAACAAUGGCUCCAAAAGAAACACUGCUCAUUCCUUCCAAAUCCAAAACAUCUGUUGGGCCAGAAGUACCACAAACUAAACCUGCUCCAAGGGCAACACACCUGGGAUCAAUUAACCUUGUAACAGUUCAUGUUGUUGAUGGGUCCAAAAUAACUUUGGUUCCCAAUGAAACAUACCACAUUUCACCCAGGCCCAAAAUUGGUCAAGCAACUGAAAUUCCUUGGUUUAAUACAGCACCUCAUAAAACUCGUCUGACUUCUGCAAGACCACAGCCUUCGGAUAAAUCACAGACCAGACCUGCUUUUAGUAAAACCACACCAGCACCAGUCAGAACAAAAGCACCUGGACUGCCAAAGUGGAUUAUGCCAACAACAGAUGACCUUUAUACACCUGAGGCUACUGCCAGACCAAUUGACAUGGAUGUCAAAAGACCUCCAGAAUAUGUUGACACCUGGCAAAAGCCAAUUUCUGUGACUAUACCACCUGGCCCUCAGUACCCUCCUAUACCUCCUGCCAGACCUACACAAAUGAGAAGAAAACCUCUGCCUCCUAACGCCGUGACUGGUAAACCAGGGAGUCCAGCUAAGCCUGCUGGACCAACACCACCUGUGAGGACAGGAACAUUAUAUAAGACACCAACAGCUUUUGCAACUCCAGAGUAUUACGUUGAUGCAACAGUCUUCAGCUCAAGUCCUACAUCAGAAACCGAUUCUUCAGGAAAACCAAGGUACCAAGCCCCCCAUGUCAAGUACAUGAAGAAAGAUGAUGAUGUGCCUUGUUCCAUCACAAGCUCUCUUGAGCAUUUUCCUCAAGAAGAAGUUGGCAGCAAGGAAGAACCCACUCGUCCUCCACAAAAUCCUCCAACCAACCUCACAGUGGUGACUGUAGAGGGCUGUCCAUCCUUUGUCAUAUUGGACUGGGAGAAACCAGAUAAUGACACUGUUACUGAGUAUGAGGUUGUGUCAACUGAAAAUGGAGGAAGCGAUGGUGAAAAGGAGAAAUCAAUUAUCACUACAAAUCAAACCCAUUCUACUGUGGAAAACCUAAAACCUGACACAAGUUAUGAAUUCCAUGUGAAACCCAGGAACCCCCUUGGCGAAGGUCCAAGUAGCAAUGUUGUGACAUUCAGUACUGAAUCAGCGGACCCAAGAGUGAGUGAGCCAAUUUCAAUGGGGAAAGAUGCUAUCUGGACUGAAAUCCCAUUCAAUUCAGACACAUACUCGGAAUGCAAAGGCAAACAAUAUGUAAAGAGGACUUGGUAUAAGAAGUUUGUAGGUGUGCAGCUGUGCAAUUCUUUGAGAUACAAGAUAUACCUCAGUGAUUCACUUACAGGAAAAUUUUAUAACAUAGGAGACCAGAGGGGCCAUGGAGAAGAUCACUGCCAAUUUGUAGACUCAUUCUUAGAUGGAAGGACAGGACAGCAAGAAGAUCUGCCAGUCAAAGAUGGGUUUUUCAGGGCAGUUCGUCAGGAACCUGUCAAAUUUGGGAAGAUAGGCGGGGAGACUCAGAUAAACUACGUGCGCUGGUACGAGUGCGGCACAUCGAUUCCUGGCAAGUGGUAGGUGCCACGGGAAGAGGGAGCAGAGGCCCAGCUGCCCCGCGCAGGCUGCAGGAAGGCAACGCUUACACCGGUCUAAUGCCAAUACUGCAUUCAUUGUGUAAUAGUGUAGGCUGCUUACUGUAGUUAUCCAGUGUUACAAAUUUGUUUUUAGAAUUUAAAAAAACAAAACACAGGCUAGGGACGUGUUGUAGGAUAAUGCAUAGGGAAGCUGGCUCCCUAUUCUUGAGGUAUGGUUUAUAUGGUAUUUUAAAAGAUACAGUGUGUAUAUUAUUUAUCACGAUGUUGUAAUAAAUGUUUAAGGCACAAAUAUGCCAGAGUUGGUCAUGGAAUGCAGUGUGUGUUAGUUUUAAAUAUUCACUGGUCCUGUAAUGCAAGUGCCAUAAGCUACCCAUCCUAUCUGUUACCAUCUGUAACAUCUCUCAGUCAUAAAUUAUAGAAAAGAUCCUAUAAUUUUUAAUAUCCUGCAGCCAGUAAACUUGAAGCACUUUCUCCUUACACGUACAAACAGUUUAUGCUCCUGCCAAAAUGCCAAGGUAGGUUGCUGUAUGUGCAGCUUUAAAUGAUCAAGUUCAGUGGAGUUUUCUUCCAUGUUUGUUUUCAAAGCCAUGUUCAGCCUGUCACUAUGGAGUCAGAGCCUGGCAGUGGCUGGUAGGGAGGGUUGGUGUUCUCUAAUUGAAGUGGACAGGUACAUAUGUACAUGGAAUGAAGAAAACAAAGCUGGCCUCCACAGCUGGAGUUUUUCAGGAAAAUGUAGUUUUGAGCCUGACACUUACUGGUUCAAAAGCCAAAUGUAUGUACCGUGCAAGGGGACUUGGAAAGACAAAUGAAAGAGGAAAAAGAAUGAACUAGUUAUAACAGCAUGAUCAGGUUUAUUUUAUUUAAAAAGAAAAAUUCUGGUUUAAAACAGUUUUCAUUGGGGACAAAGGGGAAAUACUGAUAACUGAACUUUAAAACUGCUUUAUAGUUAUUUUGAUUAAAACCUCUCCCAAAGCUACUUGUUGUACUGCUUGAACAUUUAUGAACUAAAUAAAGAGAUGUAGGUUUUUUUUAAAGGUGUUAUUCAUUACCUUACUAAUGUAUUGAAGAAAUAUGAACAGGAACUACCAGAUCUAUAUAGUAGUCAUUUAUAGAAAAUACCUUAUAAAGUACAUUGCAGGUACACUGUACUCCUAAUAAAAUAUUUUUUAAUCAAGUGGUUUUUUCAAGUGUUUUACAUGGAAACAAGACUUAGUUUCUGCAGUAAAUGCUGUUAUUCAGAACAAACUGCUUGCUGGAACCAAGGCCCUGUUAAAUGGUCUGAUGAACAUGGGAUGUGUUAGGUCCAAGACCAGAAAUGGGAGGUACAGCCCUAGCUUACUGAGUAGCUGUGGGCAUAGCACUAUUUAAGGAUGCUGAAGGUAGGAAUAUUUUCACUCAACUUCCUAGUUUGUCUUUAGGAGAGCUCAAGCAGCUUGCUCCAGCUCAUUUUCUUUUAUUCCCUGCUUAGUUUUACAUAUUCCUAGACUCUGCAAAAUGGAAAAUAUUAACUGGCAGAAUGUUUUGCCCUCUGCUGUAAUGUGGUCUAUUGACUUCAUUACAGCUCUUGAUCUGCUUUUUCUUGGCUCAAAAUUGAGUCAUUAGGAUUGAGUCAUUCCCAAGUUUUUCUGGGUGGCAAAGAACCUGUGGAAAGUUGGGAGUUUUUUUAAGAGCUCUUUUUAAAUUACCCAGUUGGUUUAAAUUUUCAAGUAAUAAAUGAAUUCUCUCCCACAACUUGUUAAAGCAAAAUUGAUAAGAGGCUUUAAGAUUUUAUGGACUGGUUUCUAACAAUUUGGUAAAAGAGACACUUGAUAAUUAAUGACAGCAGACAGCACAAAACCACUCCCUGCUGUGAAAGCCAUCUGCAGUCCCAGCACCUCUCCAUUUACACACCCAGAAAUCUGCCUCUCCCCCCACAGAUCCCAGCACUGCUGCUCUUCACCAUGAAGUCUUUGCACCCAGCAUGCACACUGGUCUUAGCACAGCUGUCUUGUUCAGUGUUACCUAACUUCUAAAAUCAAGAUCAGGCACUGAAUAGAUUCAGGGCUUUUAUUAGUUUUUCCAUGUGAACAUUACAAUUUAUAAUACAUCAUAUCUAGUUUGACCUCCAGAAUGAAUCUAAUUUAGUACAUCAUGGUAUUAGUAAAAACAAGCCUGAUAAGUGGGCUAAACUUC